UCUUUGUUUUCCUAUUCCUUCUAGGUUUUUCCUUCACAGGCAUCACGAGAAUACCCAUAAUUAUUCAUCAUUAAACUUUACUUUUCAUAACUAAAAAAAAAAUAAAAAAAUUGGUGAAUGUUUUCAGUUAAUGCUAAAACAAUCAAGACCCAUUUUUCUCCGUGAUAGUUGGUGGAAGAAUCCGUGACUUUUUAGUACUUAAUUUUUUUUUUCUACUUUACCAAGAAAAGUCUAGAAGAAAUAGUAGAUAAAAAAGAGUGUUUUUUUUUCCCGAAGAUGAGUAAGAACCUUGAGAAAAUGGCUUCAAUUGAUGCACAAUUGAGGCUAUUAGCACCAGCUAAAGUGUCUGAGGAUGAUAAGCUUGUGGAAUAUGAUGCUUUGUUGCUUGACAGGUUUCUUGAUAUUUUGCAAGAUUUGCAUGGAGAGGAUAUUCGAGAAACGGUUCAAGAGUGUUAUGAACUUUCCGCUGAAUACGAAGGGAAGCAUGACCCAAAGAAGUUGGAAGAGCUUGGGCAAAUGCUUACCAGUUUAGAUGCUGGAGAUUCCAUUGUAGUCACCAAAGCCUUUUCUAACAUGCUUAACUUGGCAAACCUUGCCGAAGAGGUUCAGAUAGCUUACAGACGAAGAAGUAAGCUAAAAAAGCGUGAUUUUUCGGAUGAGGCUUCUGCACCAACUGAAUCAGACAUUGAAGAGACCCUUAGGAAGCUCGUCGGACAGCUAAACAAAUCACCCCUAGAAGUUUUUGAUGCUUUGAAGAACCAGACUGUGGAUUUGGUGCUCACAGCACAUCCUACUCAGUCUGUUCGUAGGUCUUUGCUUCAAAAGCAUGCAAGGAUUCGUGAUAAUUUGACGCAGUUGUACGCCAAAGAUAUUACUCCUGAUGAUAAGCAGGAACUAGAUGAGGCUCUACAAAGAGAGAUACAAGCAGCCUUUCGCACAGAUGAAAUCAGGAGGACUCCACCAACUCCACAAGAUGAGAUGAGGGCAGGGAUGAGUUACUUCCAUGAGACAAUAUGGAAGGGGGUGCCGAAAUUCCUACGCCGUGUUGACACUGCUUUGAAGAAUAUUGGAAUAAAUGAACGUGUUCCCUACAAUGCCCCUCUCAUUCAGUUUUCUUCUUGGAUGGGUGGUGAUCGAGAUGGCAACCCUAGAGUAACCCCUGAAGUGACAAGAGAUGUGUGCUUAUUGGCUAGAAUGAUGGCUGCAAAACUGUAUUUCGCUCAGAUUGAGGAUCUUAUGUUUGAGCUUUCAAUGUGGCGAUGCAAUGAUGAGCUCCGUGGGCGUGCAGAAGAACUUCAUAGAACGUCCAAAAGAGACGCAAAACACUACAUUGAAUUUUGGAAGCAAAUUCCAUCGAAUGAGCCCUACCGUGUUCUUCUUGCUGAUGUGAGAGAUAAGUUAUAUAAUACACGGGAACGCGCUCGUCAGUUACUAGCCAAUGGGUUCUCUGAUGUUCCUGAGGAGUCAACAUUCACAAAUGUUGAACAGUUUCUGGAACCUCUGGAGCUGUGCUAUAGAUCUCUAUGCGCUUGUGGUGACAGACCAAUUGCAGAUGGCAGCCUUCUUGAUUUUCUAAGGCAAGUUUCCACCUUUGGUCUCUCGCUUGUGAGACUUGAUAUCCGGCAAGAGUCAGAUAGGCACACUGAUGUUCUAGAUGCUAUAACAAAGCACCUGGGUAUUGGAUCCUAUAAAGAAUGGUCUGAGAAGCAGAGACAGGAAUGGCUCUUAUCGGAACUAAGUGGAAAGCGUCCACUUUUUGGACCUGAUCUCCCUAAAACUGAUGAAAUUGCUGAUGUUUUGGAUACCUUUAAUGUCAUUGCUGAACUUCCCUCCGAUAACUUUGGUGCUUAUAUAAUUUCGAUGGCCACUGCUCCCUCUGAUGUGCUUGCCGUUGAGCUUUUGCAGCGUGAGUGUCAUGUAAAAAAUCCAUUGAGGGUUGUUCCAUUGUUUGAAAAGCUUGCUGAUCUUGAGUCUGCACCUGCUGCUGUUGCUCGGUUGUUCUCCAUAGAUUGGUACAGAAACCGUAUAAAUGGGAAACAAGAAGUGAUGAUUGGGUAUUCUGAUUCGGGUAAGGAUGCUGGCCGACUAUCUGCAGCUUGGCAAUUGUACAAGGCUCAAGAGGAACUUGUAAAGGUGGCAAAAGAAUUUGGAGUAAAGCUAACUAUGUUUCAUGGCCGAGGAGGGACUGUUGGACGGGGAGGGGGUCCCACCCACCUUGCUAUAUUAUCACAACCCCCCGACACAGUCCAUGGUUCACUUCGUGUGACUGUUCAAGGUGAAGUUAUUGAACAAUCAUUUGGGGAGGAACACUUGUGCUUUAGAACUCUUCAGCGUUUCACAGCAGCUACACUUGAGCAUGGAAUGAACCCCCCUGUGGCUCCGAAGCCAGAGUGGCGCGCCCUAUUGGAUGAGAUGGCUGUUAUCGCUACGAAAGAUUAUCGGUCUUUAGUGUUCCAGGAUCCACGAUUUGUUGAAUACUUCCGCCUUGCAACCCCAGAAUUAGAAUAUGGUCGCAUGAAUAUUGGAAGUCGCCCGGCAAAAAGGAAGCCAAGUGGUGGGAUUGAGUCUCUUCGAGCAAUUCCAUGGAUCUUUGCAUGGACUCAGACGAGGUUUCAUCUCCCAGUAUGGCUUGGCUUUGGGGCCGCAUUCAAGCAUGUUAUUGAGAAGGACAUCAGAAAUCUGCAAAUGCUCAAGGAUAUGUACAAUGGAUGGCCAUUCUUUAGAGUGACACUUGACUUGAUUGAAAUGGUCUUUGCUAAGGGUGACCCUGGCAUUGCUGCAUUGUAUGAUAAGCUUUUAGUAUCCGAAGAUCUCUGGCCACUUGGAGAACGCUUGAGAUCCAAAUACGAAGAAACAAAGGGCUUUCUCCUUCAGGUUGCUGGACACAAGGAUCUUUUGGAAGGAGAUCCAUACUUGAGGCAAAGACUCAAACUUCGCGAUUCUUACAUUACGACCCUCAAUGUUUGCCAAGCAUACACAUUGAAGCGAAUUCGAGACCCCAGCUUCAACGUGAAUGUGCGGCCGCAUCUAGACAAGGAUCUUAUGGAAUCAAACAAACCAGCUGCUGAAUUAGUGAAACUGAAUCCUACGAGUGAAUAUGCUCCUGGCUUGGAAGACACCCUUAUCUUGACAAUGAAAGGUAUUGCUGCUGGGAUGCAGAACACUGGUUAAGGCUAAGGUUUCAACCUAUUAUGUAUGUAGAAUAAGUGAUGCUGUCUUAACUUAUAUAAAUAUUUCUGUUAUAAUAAUGAUGAGAUGUUUCUGAAGA